AUGUCCCAUCACAACGUUAGUAUGUCUGUCAACGUGGCAGCCGGUGGUAUUGCUGGUGUUACCGAAAUUUUGAUCAUGUAUCCAUUGGAUGUCGUCAAGACUAGAGCCCAACUUUAUGCUGGUAAGACCAAUAAUCCAGGUAUUGUUGGUACUGUCUCUGAAAUUGUCAAGGCCAAUGGUGUCAAGGGACUUUAUCGUGGUAUCCUCCCUCCAAUUCUUAUGGAAGCUCCAAAGCGUGCUGUUAAAUUCACUGCUAAUGCAUUCUUUAAGAAGCACUUUACUGGUUCUGAUGGUGUUCUCUCACAAACUGGUGCUGUUUUGAGUGGUUCUUGUGCUGGUAUUACUGAAGCUUUCGUUGUCGUUCCUUUCGAACUUGUCAAGAUUCGUUUGCAAGCUAAGGAAAAUCUCGGACUCUACAAGAAUACAUCAGAUGCCUUGACCAAGAUUAUCAAACAAGAAGGUAUCAUGACUUUGUACACUGGUUUGGAAUCAACAAUGUGGAGAAAUGCCACUUGGAAUGGUGGUUACUUUGGUUUGAUUCACGCUGUUAAGAGUGCCAUGCCAAAGCCAAACUCUGAAGGUCAACGUAUGUUCCAAGAUUUCGUUGCUGGUUUCCUCUCUGGUACUUUUGGUACAAUGUUGAAUACUCCAUUCGAUGUUGCCAAGACUCGUAUUCAAAAUCAAUUGCCAGGAACUGUCCACAAGUAUAAUUGGACUUUGCCAGCUCUUGCCAAGAUUUACAGUGAAGAAGGUGUUAAGGCCUUGUAUAAGGGAUUCGUUCCAAAGGUUUUGAGACUUGGUCCAGGUGGUGGUGUCUUGUUGCUCGUUUUCAACUUUGCUGUCAGAUUCAUGUCACCAGAAUCAGCCAAACACUAAGUUAUUUUCUAGUAAUAGUUCUAUGAGAAUUAGAGAAAUUUUGAUGAUAAAAACCCAUUUUGUUAUGUAUUUUU